AUGGACCCGUCGAAUGAAGAUGCGCCGCCUUCCUCUUCCCAGGAGACUCGAGACUUCGCAACGGUCCCUAGCGCACCCGAUCCUGGCACAACUCCGGUCGCGCCACGGCAAACACCACAUGUUCAUUACGCGUUGAACAUUGACACCGAGGCUGCUCAGGGAUUAGCACCUCCAGAUCCCGUUACUCAUGGCGUGACACGCUCCGAUACUGAACUCUCAAAGCCUGGUGGCGUCUCACCGAUCCUGCGACGUCGCAAUACCCGCGCUGCUACUUUCAAGACGAUCCAGAACUUCGACGAGUUUGAGGAACGACCAGGCUGGCACCCGGGUGCCGAGCCGGGAGUUGAUGUCUACAAAACGGAUGGCGGGCACGCGUCUAUGCCUGUGCUCCAAGCGCCCUGCGAAAUUACUGUUGUGGACUUUUCUCAGACCGAUAUCCACGUGGCUAGUUAUGAUAACGACUCGUUGAUGCCUUUUCUAAAACAGCCAGAACCGGAGUGGUCCAAAUGUCGUUGGAUCAAUGUCAAUGGGUUGAGUUGGGAUGUUAUUCAGGCUCUCGGUCAAUACAAGAAGCUCCACAGAUUGGCUAUUGAGGAUAUAAUGGGCACAAGAAACAGAACAAAGGCGGAUUGGUAUGCGAAUCAUGCAUUUUUUGUCCUCACUCUUCAGAAGCUGGUCCACUUGAUGGACGAGGACGAUGACGAUGACAUUUCAGACAAUGACACAGCUAGUUGGACGAGCGGGCGAAGCGCAAAGUCUUCUCAACGAUUGUCCAAGAAGCUCAAGAGCAUGUUUUCAGGACCGAAGACGCCCGGAGAGACAAUGGAAAAGACACUUGAGAACGGCAAGCAUCCUAUUGAUAUUCUCAGUGGAAACGCGGCCACUGGCCCUACAGUUGGCACAGAGCAGAUAUUGUUCCGAACUUUACAUCGUUACAACGCGUCUCCGAACGAAGCUCGGACUGAAUUUAUGGAAAGACAUUCUGCCCUUGCAUCCCGUGGCCUAGCAGUCACUGCGGAACAAGUCUCGGUCUUCAUCACUCACGACAACACUAUCAUAUCAUUUUUCGAGUUGUCCGCCGACGACAUCGAGAAGCCAAUACUCACGCGAUUAUUUACUGGAGACACCAUUCUUCGGCAGUCUUGUGACGCCUCCAUGAUUGGCCAAGCCAUCAUUGAUGCAAUCAUUGACUUGGCAAUCCCUGUCGCGACCUGCUAUAGUGACGUGAUUGGCGAUGAAGAAUUGGAGAUUCUCACCCAUCCCAGCAUCAAGCAUACCAGAAACUUAUAUAUCAUCAUUUGUGAGGUGAACAAGCUACUCAGUUUCAUCAACCCAAUAACCAAUCUCAUCAACGCCCUCCGGGACCACAAGACAGGGUUAUCGCAGGAGCAUGCCACUAAGGAAUUACAGAACCCCGAUCAUGGUGUAAUCAUAACUCCCAUGACGUACACAUAUCUGGGUGAUGUUCUAGAUCAUUGCGUUCUGAUUUCGGAAUCUUUGAACCAGCUCAAGGACAACGCAGACGGUCUGAUUGCUCUGAUUUUCAAUACCAUCUCAGCCUACCAGAAUGAGUCAAUGAAGCAGCUGACGCUGGCCACAAUCCUGUUCUUGCCAUUGACCUUCUUGACUGGAUACUUCGGGCAGAACUUUCAGCCAUUCCAUGAUUUGGAUAAAGGGAUCACCUACUUGUGA